GCUGAGGUGGCUGUCGCCCGCUCCGAGCUGCGGCUUCCCCGGGUCGAACCCCGAUGGAGGCCGAGGCCGCGGGCCGCCCCCCAGGCAGGGUCGAGGCGGCGCUCAGCUGCUUCUCUUUCAACCAGGACUGCACAUCCCUCGCCAUUGGAACCAAAGCCGGUUAUAAGCUGUUCUCUUUGAGUUCUGUGGAGCAACUGGACCAAGUCCACGGGAGCAAUGAAAUCCCAGACGUCUACAUCGUGGAGCGCCUCUUCUCCAGCAGCCUGGUGGUGGUGGUGAGUCACACGAAGCCGCGCCAAAUGAAUGUCUAUCACUUCAAGAAAGGCACGGAGAUCUGUAAUUACAGCUACUCCAGCAACAUCCUGUCCAUCAGGCUGAACCGGCAGAGGCUGCUCGUCUGCCUGGAGGAGUCUAUUUACAUUCACAACAUUAAAGACAUGAAGCUGUUGAAGACCAUCCUGGAUAUUCCUGCAAACCCAACAGGUCUGUGCGCCCUCUCUAUCAACCAUUCCAAUUCUUACGUGGCCUAUCCUGGAAGCCUGACGACAGGAGAGAUUGUGCUGUACGAUGGACACUCCCUGAAAACACUCUGCACCAUUGCUGCCCAUGAGGGGACACUGGCUGCCAUCGCCUUCAAUGCCGCCGGCUCCAAACUGGCGAGCGCGUCGGAGAAGGGCACUGUCAUCCGGGUGUUCUCGGUACCCGAAGGGCAAAAGCUCUAUGAGUUUCGGAGAGGAAUGAAAAGGUAUGUGACCAUCAGCUCUCUGGUUUUCAGUAUGGAUUCCCAGUUCCUCUGUGCCUCAAGCAACACAGAAACUGUGCACAUCUUCAAGCUGGAACACCUCACCAACAGCCGGCCGGAGGAGCCUUCCACCUGGAGCGGCUACAUGGGGAAGAUGUUCCUGGCCGCGUCCAACUACCUCCCCGCCCAGGUGUCCGACAUGAUGAACCAGGACCGGGCCUUUGCCACCGGGCGUCUGCACUUCUCCGGGCAGAGGAACAUCUGCACGCUGUCCACGAUCCAGAAAUUGCCCAGGCUCUUGGUCGCAUCCUCCGAUGGACACCUGUACAUCUACAAUUUGGACCCUCAGGACGGAGGAGACUGUGUCCUAAUCAAGACCCACAGCUUGCUUGGCUCAGGAACCACCGAAGAGAAUAAAGAAAAUGACCUCAAACCUUCAUUACCUCAGUCUUACGCCGCCACUGUAGCCAGACCAAGCCCGUCUUCAGCCUCCACGGUGCCAGGUUAUUCCGAGGACGGCGGGGCGCUCCGAGGAGAGGUUAUUCCCGAACACGAGUUUGCGACGGGACCAGUGUGUCUUGAUGAUGAGAAUGAAUUCCCCCCUAUAAUCUUGUGCCGCGGAAAUCAGAAGGGCAAAACGAAGCAGUCAUGAUGAGCAGCGCGCCUCAGAAAUCAGGACCUCCCUGUCAGGUGGUUUUGGAGGAAACCAGGAAGGUGGAAGAAAGGCGUGCGGUUGUGUGAGCGGAACGGGGGCAGGAACCCCAGGCGCCGCCUGCUUAAGCCCCGGGACGGGACGCGGUCCGCUGUCCAGCAAGCUCUUCUCAGCCCCGGUCGCCGGUGGGGACAGGUGACGUGGUGUAUCUACGUCCCACUAUUGAAAGUGUGUUACAACCACAGCGUCGACGCGAACUAACCAUAUUGGUCUCUAACCCGAAGUUUAUAUUUCAAAGGGCAUCCUUUUUAAAAUGUAUGCUGUGUAAAAAUGUACUUACAGGAAGACCUCUUCGAACUGUAUUUCUUGUAUAUGACAUACAUAGAGAGACUGUUUUAGCCAAGCAAAAUAUUUUUGCAGUGAUUGAGAAUAAAUCAUUUAUUACCUUUCAGUCCCACUUAGGACACUAAUAAUAAAACCAUGGCAAUGCA